UGGAUUCCAUCAUGCUCUUGAACUGAUUCUCCACUAUUUCUGUCUCAUUCACAGGCUUCAGAAAAGUUUACUCCAUUAUUCUCACACAGAAAAUUGGUCUCAUUCUUUCUUCCUUUCUCUCUUUCCUUUCCUUUUUUCUGGUGUGUGUGUGUGUAAUACGUCUUUUCAAUCACACUACUGCAUCAUUCUCCUUAAAUCUCCCUCUCACACAGCUCUCUCCCUUUAUAAGCUUUGAAGCCUCUCUUCUUUCCCAUUCCUCACUUCAAGAAGCUCAUCAAAUCAAGCUCUCUUACAAAAGAACUACUCCUAACAAUGGCUACCAAAAAGUGGCAGAAAAGCUACUUUGAUGUGUUAGGUCUCUGCUGUUCAUCAGAGGUCCCUCUGAUUGAGAAGAUUCUGAAGCCUCUAGAUGGUGUCAAAGAGAUUUCAGUCAUUGUCCCAUCCAGAACUCUCAUUGUUGUCCAUGACAAUCUCCUCAUUUCCCAGAUUCAAAUUGUUAAGGCACUAAACCAAGCAAGAUUAGAGGCUAAUGUUAGAAUAUAUGGGGAAGUCGCUUAUCAGAAGAAAUGGCCUAGUCCUUUUGCAAUUGUUUCUGGUAUCUUACUCUUGCUAUCAUUUCUCAAAUAUGUGUAUCAACCUUUCCGGUGGCUCGCUCUUGGAGCGGUUGCUGCCGGCAUCUUUCCCAUCGCCUGGAGAGGGAUAGUGGCCAUCCGAAACUUCACACUUGAUAUCAACAUUCUUGUUCUCAUCGCAGUGAUUGGGACAAUUGCUUUGAAUGAUUAUUGGGAAGCUGGGUCCAUAGUAUUUCUCUUCACCAUUGCAGAAUGGCUUGAGUCAAGGGCUAGUCACAAGGCAACUGCAGUCAUGUCAUCGCUGAUGAGUAUAGCUCCUCAAAAGGCAGUGAUAGCUGACACCGGAGAAAUUGUAGAAGCCAACAGUGUCCUGGUGGACACAAUCAUCGCUGUUAAGACUGGAGAAGUCAUACCUAUUGAUGGAAUUGUAGUAGAAGGAAAAUGUGAGGUCGAUGAGAAGAGCUUAACAGGAGAGUCAUUUCCAGUGGCCAAACAAAAGGACUCCACUGUUUGGGCUGGCACCAUAAAUCUAAAUGGUUACAUCAGUGUAAAAACUACAGCCCUAGCUGAGGACUGUGUGGUGGCCAAGAUGGCAAAGCUAGUAGAAGAAGCUCAAAACAGCAAGUCCAAAACUCAGAGGUUCAUAGACAAAUGUACCAAGUUUUACACCCCAGUGGUAGUGCUAAUAUCGGCUGGGCUUGCGGGGAUUCCUGCUGCCUUAAGGGUUCAUGAUCUAAGUCAUUGGUUUCACCUAUCACUGGUUGUACUAGUAAGUGCAUGUCCAUGUGCACUGAUUCUCUCAACGCCAGUUGCUACAUUCUGUGCACUUUCAAAGGCUGCUGUAUCUGGGUUGCUCAUCAAAGGAGGAGAGUAUCUUGAAAUUCUUGCUAAAAUCAGGAUCAUGGCUUUUGACAAAACCGGUACAAUUACAAGGGGUGAAUUUGUUGUUAAGGAUUUCCAGUCUCUGCGGGAUGAUGUUAGCUCCGAUACAUUGCUCUACUGGGUUUCUAGCAUUGAGAGUAAGUCGAGUCAUCCGAUGGCAGCAGCUCUUUUUGAUUAUGGACUGUCACAAUCCGUCGAGCCAAAGCCAGAAAAUGUGGAAGAGUUUCAGAAUUUUCCCGGGGAAGGAAUCCAUGGGAAAAUUGAUGGGAAAGACAUCUAUGUUGGAAACAGAAAAAUCGCUCUAAGAGCUGGGUGUGAAACAGUUCCAACCAUAGGAGAAGACAAGGAAGGAAAGACAAUUGGGUAUGUAUACUCUGAUGCAACUCCAACUGGAAUUUUUACCCUCUCCGACGCUUGUCGAACAGGGGUUGUGGAGGCUAUUAAAGAGCUGAAGUUAUUGGGAAUUAAAUCUGCCAUGCUUACAGGAGAUAGUCAUGCAUCAGCUAUGCAUACACAAGAUCAGCUAGGGCAUACUCUAGAGGUUGUUCAUGCAGAACUUUUACCUGAAGAUAAGGCGAGAAUCAUAAAAGACUUUAAGGAGGAAGGACCAACAGCCAUGAUUGGUGAUGGUGUAAAUGAUGCCCCUGCAUUGGCCACAGCAGAUAUUGGUAUCUCAAUGGGCAUUGCGGGUUCAGCACUUGCGACAGAGACAGGGCAUGUGGUUCUUAUGACAAAUGAUAUUAGAAAAAUACCCAAAGCUGUUCGGUUAGCAAGGAAAACCCACAGAAAAGUAGUUGAGAAUGUCAUUUUAUCAAUCACUACAAAGGCUGCCAUCCUUGCCUUGGCCAUUGCAGGUCACCCGCUUAUUUGGGCAGCAGUUCUUGCUGAUGUCGGUACAUGCUUGCUAGUGAUCUUCAACAGCAUGCUACUUUUACGAGGAACACACCAACAUGGAGGAAAAUGCUGUAAAUCCUCUGCUGCCUCACAUGUUGACAAGCAUGGAUGUAAAGGGGGUGGGAGCCACUCAUCUCAUAAUCAUCAGCAUAGUUGUUCCAACAGCAUUUCUCAAAAGAAGUGUGAGCCUCAGAAGUGUUCUUCCCAGAGGUGUGCUUCAAGAUGUCAGCCUGAUCAUUCCGGGUUGAGUUCGUGUGUGAAUACUAAAUGCACGGACUCAGCUGACAGGCAUGAUUGUUGUGUAGGCAAUGAAGGGCACCACGAUAUGCAGCAUUGUGACCAGAGAAGUGGUAACACCGCCACUCAUGGUACGGAGUUGCACAAUAAGCCCAACCAUAGUUGUUCAGGGCAUUCUUUUCCCAGCUUGUGUGUGAAAGAUGAAGGAGCAAACCUGGUUGACAGGCUAUGUGAUGGUGGAGGUGAUGGGUUCCAUGAGUCCAAACACUGCAAACAUGGGGGCUGUGACAUGGUCAAUCACAAUACGAUUUCAUGCAGUACAAGUAACCAUCAACACCAUUCUAUUGCUCUUACAGACUCAAGACAACAAAUGCCCAAUAAUGGCCAUUGUCAAAAGAUUCCUUGCAUUAAAAACCAUGUCAAAAACCAUAGCAAAGAUGAAGUAGGACAUGAAGUUCGUUCUGAGUGCAAGAAGCAUGGUAUGGACUCUAGUGCACCACUUCAUGCAUCUACCGAUCUUGAAUUGGGCACUGGUUUAGUGGAAUCCACUGGUAAGCAUGCCUGUAUGAGUUUGGAGAAGAGAGAGGUCGGUGGAUGUUGCAAGAGCUUUAGAAAGGAAUGUUGUGGUAAGCAUGGGCAUUUUGGAACUGGUUUUGGUGCAGGUUUAUCAGAAAUCAUCACUGAGUAGAUGUACAACUUCAUAGAAGGAUAAGAUCUUUACAUGCUUAACUGUGCUAUCAAUGGUCUAGGAAAUUUUUGUUGAAAUGGCAAUGGCAUGAGAGAGAAACUUUAAAGAAAGAUAGGAUCUUUACAUGCUUGAUUUUGCAAUCAAUGGAUUAGAAAGUUUUUGUUGAAA